AAAGUGCACAAUACAGUAGUAUUUCGCACAUGACAUGACACGACACUCAACUUUUCUGUUAUGACAGAUAUGUGUACAGAAUUAUCCACAGCUAUCUCGAAACGUUAUCGUUAGCUAGGUGCUAUUAAAAUCUCAGCGCGUUGGCUACUUCCCCGUUUCCUUAAGAGCUGGACACAGAUCGGAAACUUCACUUGGAAACUCAGGGCGUGUGGCGUUGAAAAAACAAAUAUGCAUCCUUGUCUCUUUGUUUGGACCCACUUAUUCUCAUCUCUGCCUUGAUUUGAGACUUUUAUUAACGACAAAUGACUGGGUACACGAGACCUCACAACUACCCUCGUUGAUGAAGGUGUCAAGAGUCUCAGGCAUAAACGCUGCAUGAAGCUGCUGUUGUAAAAACUAGCCCAGGUGAGCUAAACUCCUGAUUUCCCUUAUGUCCAGCAGCCACGAUGAAUACAACUUGAAGCACAUGAGCACCCUUAUGGGCAGCAGGAGGGAGAAAGCAGUGGAUGAUGGAGAGCGGAGUCUCAUUGGCCCACCAUCUAGAGGCUCUGCCACCGGUGGGGAUCAUCAGAAGCCAGCUGCCUCCACACCAGGGUUUGUCUACGUGCUGGCGUUCUUCUCUGCCCUGGGAGGAUUUCUCUUCGGGUAUGACACUGGGGUGGUCUCCGGUGCUAUGCUGCUCCUGAAGAAGGAGAUGAACCUGAAUGCUCUGUGGCAGGAGCUGCUGGUCUCCAGCACUGUGGGGGCUGCGGCGCUCUCUGCCCUCAGUGGUGGCUCCCUUAACGGGUGGCUGGGCCGCAGGAUCUGCAUUCUUGUGGCCAGUUUCAUCUUCGGCCUUGGUGCCUGCAUCUUGAGUUUUGCCCCAGACAAAGUAGUCCUCCUUGUGGGCAGAAUCACAGUUGGUUUGGGCAUAGGCAUUGCUUCUAUGACAGUGCCUGUGUACAUUGCUGAAGUUUCCCCCCCUCACCUGAGAGGUCAGCUGGUCACUGUGAACGCUCUCUUCAUCACAGGUGGCCAGUUCAUUGCCAGUGUAGUCGAUGGGGCCUUCAGCUACCUGAGCCACGACGGCUGGAGGUACAUGUUAGGUCUGUCCAUUAUUCCGGCAGUGCUGCAGUUCUUCGGCUUCAUCUUCCUUCCGGAGAGCCCUCGUUGGCUUCUCCAAAAGGGCCGAAGCCAAGAGGCCCGAGAAGUUCUCAGCCGGCUCAGAGGAGACCAGAGCAUUGAUGAGGAGUAUGACACCAUGAGAAUCAGCAUUGAAGAAGAGGAGAAAGAGGCGGGUGGAGGAGGCUUCAUUAUUUUGCGGAUCCUCAAACAUGGUCCGACUCGCAGGGCUCUGAUCGUUGGCUGUGGCCUCCAGAUGUUUCAGCAGCUCUCUGGGAUAAACACUGUCAUGUAUUACAGUGCAACCAUUCUGCAGAUGGGAGGGGUGCGAGAUGAUAAACGGGCGAUCUGGUUGGCUGCUGUGACUUCUGCCACCAACUUUGUGUUCACCCUGGUUGGAGUCUGGCUUGUGGGAAGAGGGGGCCGCAGAAUGUGUUUUCUUUUGACUGUUGCAGGUACUGGUCUGAGUCUGUCUUUCCUGGCAGUCGGGUUCUUGCUGUCUGCCCUAAGUUCACCACCCAUCACCCUGCACCAGGUCGACUCUCAGAACUCCACCUGUAGACUGUAUGGGUCCUGUGAACACUGCAUGCUGGAUUCCAACUGUGGAUUCUGUUAUCGUGAAAACGCCUCUGGAGUGUACGACUCCUCCUGCGUUCCUGUCAAUCAAGCGUCCAGUGAUCACGCAGCUUGGGGGAGCUGUUCCAACCAGACAGAGGCAGCUGACAGCCCAUUUUGGGCCUACAACUACUGUCCAACAUCCUACUCCUGGAUUGUCCUGCUGGGCCUCAUCCUCUAUCUUGCAUUCUUUGCACCAGGUAUGGGCCCCAUGCCUUGGACGGUGAACUCGGAGAUCUACCCACUUUGGGCACGCAGCACCGGCAACGCCUGCUCAGCUGGGGUCAACUGGAUCUUUAAUGUCCUGGUGUCGCUGACCUUUCUCCAUGUUGCUGAAUAUCUGACCUAUUACGGGGCGUUCUUCAUGUACACAGGCCUGGUGGUGCUGGGUCUCCUGUUUGUCCAGGGCUGCCUCCCAGAGACCCAGGGCCUACAGCUGGAAGAUGUCGAGAACCUGUUCUCCGGUCAGCUCUGCUCCUGUGGAGCCUCCUCACCCAACAGCAAUCGCCACGUCCACUACAUCCGGGUAAAAGGGAGCAACCACCUCCUCUCUGACAACGAUGCCUCUGAUGUAGAGUAAUCUGGGAAAGCGUUCUUUCUUCUUUUGGUUUUCUGUCUUUUUUGGAAAGGCUCCCGAUGUGGGAGGAACAAUCAGCAUGUUGUCUUCUGAUGGCUUCAGUCAGACAUUAGGCUUUAGCUCUCCAGUGAUUGAUUAUAGCCAGUGCUUUCCUCUGCUCAGGAGACUCUUUCAUCAAACAUCUUUUCCUUCUGCCUUUUCUCUCACCUGGGAGUUGGUCUGUUUUUCUUUUUUUUACAGUUGUGCAUUUCUUCUUGUUGUGCAUGAUCUGCCCUCUGGACCAGAAUUAGGUUGAGCAGGGUUCAUCUGAACAGUGUUGCUCAGACUUAUAGUGCGUUAUAAACAGUGCUUGAAGUGGACCAGUGCAGCAGUUUGACUGACUUUACCUGCUGCUUGUAAUGAAUAAAUAAAUAGUGUGACUAUAAUUUUUACUAGUAUUUUUAAGUCAUCUUCAUUUUAUUUAAAACUAUAUUUGGGCAAUUAGGGGCAGCACAGCAAGCUGCAGCCUAAAGGAGUUACUGAAUACACCCCCGCCUUCAAGCACCGGUUAUAAAUGAUGUCACAAAACUAAAUGAGCAUACUUUUUAAGGAAAGUCCUUGUUUAACAAACUGAUGAUAUGAAUUUUAAUAACAUUAAAGAUGAACUGUGCCUUAUUUGGAUAUGGGCAUAGCUUUACAUUCUGUGAAACUCUUUCAGAACAUUCCUGGAUUUUUUUGUUUCUCUUGAUUGGUGUGUUUGUAAAACAGAUGAUUAUGUGUUGCUGCUAUUGUCUGUACAAUGGGAGAGAUUUCAAGGUGUCUUUGUUAGAAAAAGAGAUUUUUAUAUGUCCGAUUGCUACACUAGAGUUGCUCACAUCUUGAAUUUUCAGCAAGGUUUGGAAUUGAGCCCAACACACUAUGGAGCGAUGGAGCCAGACUCUACAGUAGCUUAUAUAACUGUAAGUACCCCAUCAAGGU